CAAAGAAGUACUACUUCUCCAUGAACAGCAUGCGCAGCACCACCCUCUUCCAGGGCUCGCGCUCUAAUAUCGUCUACACCGUCCGCACGGACACCAAGACCGGCAAGCGCACCGAGCUCUGCAAUGGCCAGGGCAAUGUCAUCGCCGUGUGGACGCGCAGGGACAUCCUCCCCGACACCAUCUCGUGGCCACAGCGCGAAGGGAUGCCGUCGAUGACGGUGAACAAGUGGCUAUGGAAGACACAGCUACCAGACAAAGCUCAGGUACAUGCCGUUGAGUCGCCGCACGGCAAGCUUGUAUGGCGGACAGAAACGACGGGCCACAGGCACGCAGUGUACCUCUCUCCGCGUCUGAGUCGGCCCAUCGCCUACUUCACGCCGAAAACGGAAGCGACGAGCCUGGCGCUCGUGCUCGACUCGUCGGCCGAGCCCACGCGGGACGACAUCGUUCUCUCUGCGCUCAUCCUCGAGCACCGUCUGCGUACGGCGUACAAUGCAAUAAGCGCUGUCGGUGCCCAGAGCAGUCAUAGCAAGUCGCAGUGCUCGCAUUCGCGCAGACAGUCGCGCUCAGAUCCAGAACGUACACGACUGAUACAGACGCAUUAGGGCGUUCUUCGAUACGUAUACCCUCUUGUUCUGUGCGAACCACAGGCAGCAUUCUCGAGACGCCCCUUACGCCAUCCAUCUUUCAUCGCUCAACUCUUAUCAUCUCAUCUCAUCAAUCAUCACUGUCAACGCUCUGAGCUUCGCAAAAAAAGUGCACUGUACAUGGCACAUACACACGGACUUCUGGGAUACCUUACCUUGCAUCUUUGCUCACUCACACAAUUCAUCAUACGCAUCGGGUUACUCGCAAUCGGGAUUCAUCACGCACGUUCAUUCACGACUUCACUAGCACAAGCAUACCCUAAUGA